GAAUGAACAAUUCUCGAUUUGAAACAAGUCGAUAACAACUCGAUCGGUGAGAACAAUCAAAAGGCAUCUCAAAUCGGUGGAUUUUAAGUCGGGGUUGGGGUCGGGUUCGGGGUCGGAGUCAAGUUCCUUGCUUGCGACGUGCGCCGUAACCGUUGCGCCGUGUAACCUUCUGUCAGCCGUCGUCGGCAGAGAGCGAGUACUCAGUGAUUAGAGGAAAGAUGGCUACGAACUUUGGCGUAGAGUGCCAGUACUUUUACGAAGAUGUUGUCUAUCGUGUGGAUAAGAAAGGAAACGUUGUGUUUGGAAUCGUUAUGGAAAAUGACGAUCAGGAUUUAUCCGAAGAAAGUUCUGACAGCGAAGAGAGCCCGAAAAGAAAAAAGGGCGAGAUUCGCGUGGUCUGGCAUCCCUCCGGUGUCGAGGAAUUGGUCAGCUCAAAGAAGGUACAUUUAGCAGACAGAACACUUAUGCCAGGAGAUGUUGUACGUCGAAUGAUUAAAGGAAAGGAUACACAAAGAGGAUAUUGUAGGGAUAUUGAGCUUACUGCCUGUGUUCAAGUGAUUGGUACUAAACAAGUCCUUACCAAUAUUAGGAGUGAAGAUUUAGUUCCUUUGGAAGAAUUUGCAACAGAUAUAGCUGUUUGUAUGGAUUCAUGGGUUGGUGGUAUAAAAAUGGCAAAUUUUAAAUUAUGGCUUACUACACCUGAUGGAUCUCGUUGCGUUAUAAAUGAAACAGAUUCUCGUGUCUUAGGACAAUUAGAGGAGAGACGUGACAAUGACAAUGAUUUUCCUCAUUCUUCUGAAUUUUAUCCUGGUCAAAGUUUAUGGGGACCAGUUCACUGCCUAGAAGAUGCACAAUGGAUUACAUGUACAAAAGAAAUGAAAGCAAAGAGAAAAUCUAAGCCACAGAAAUUAACAAAAGUAAUUGUAGAAAAGGUAGAAACAGAUUGGGUAGGAGUGCAUUGGCAGUGUAGAGCAUAUUCAAAGGAUGGUGCUUGGUCAGAUCAAGCUCAGCCAAAAUUUGUAGUUCAAGGAGAAAAUUUGAAAAAAUUAAAAUUAUUGAAUGUUUUUGAACCAUCUACUGUGCAAGUAGGGGAUCGAAAUUUCUAUGUGAUUAAAGGUGAUGAAAAUGUCAUUACAAGAGAACAAUGGAGAAAGCAACAAAGAGACAUUUUUCAAGUUCCUAAACAUAGUCCAAAGAAAACACGUCCAAAUAUCAGUGUUACAAAGCCAGCUGAAGAUAAAAAGAAAGAAAAAGACAAAGAUAAAGUUAAUGAACAACAAACAGAAGAAAAUGCUCAUAAUAAUAUUAAUAAUUUACAAAAUAUAACAAGCAAUAAUACCUUAAUGCCUCCAGUACAAAAUCAGAAUACUGAAAGUUCAGAUGAUUGGGAUACAGAAGAUACUGGAUCGCAAAGCGAUAGUGCUUCAGUAUCCAGUGGAUGUUCUAGUAUGUCAUCUAUGGGUAAAAAGAAAAAGGGUCCAGCUUUAAUGACAAAGGUAUUAAAGAAGAAGAAGCUUUGUAAAGCAAGAAAAAAAGUUCCACCAGUCCCACUAAUUGCAGGAACUAAAAUUGUUGUUGAAACAUUAUCUACAAGUACAAAAGCUAAUGUUGUAUGGCAAGAUGGUUCAGUAGAAUUUGGUAUUCCAUCAACACAACUUUAUCCAAUUCAUCAUUUAGAUGAUAAAGAAUUCUUCCCAGGUGAUUUUGUAGUUGAUCAAAAAGAAGAAUCUAGAAUGUAUGGUGUAGUUCAAAGUGUUGACCAUCAAGGUAGAACAGCUAAAAUAAAAUGGUUUAAAACAUACACUUCUACUCAAAGUCCCCAACCAACUUUACUAGAAGAACGUGAAGUUAGUGUAUAUGAUUUAAAAGAUCAUCCAGAUUUUCAAUAUAGACCAGGUACAUUAGUAAUUCGAAUAGCUAAUUUUGAAGGUGAAGAUGCUGGUUGUACUGCUGGUCAAGUUCUAGAUAAUUAUCCAGAAGGACGAGUUAAAGUGUGGUGGGUUGAUGGACAUGUAAGUAUGUGUUGGCCUCAAGAUUUGUAUAAAGUAGGUGAAUAUGAUAGUGACGAAGGAGAACUAUGGGACGAUGUAUCAUCUGACGCAUCAUGGGAAACAGAAUUGGAAGACUGCUUUAUCGCUGAUACAGAUGGUACAGAACAAACAGAAUUAGAAAAUAUAAAACCAAAAUUGGCCGCACACAUCGAAAAAGCUCGCAUUGCAAUGUCUAGAUUGGAAGAAAUUUUUACUCAAAAUCCUUCACUUCAAACAACUGAAGUUAUGAGAAAAUUAUUAGAAGUUUAUAAAGAUUGUCGAUACAUGGAUAAACUUAUGGGUACUUCUUUCUUUCACGAAUGUCAUUUUCAAGGACUUCUGGAAAGAGUUCGAGAACGUGGUCGAGCAAAUGUAGCACAACGCAUGGCGGAUCAAGUAACAAGAUUAUUUACACAUAAAUCUGAUGGAUCGGAAGAAAAUAUAGAUAAAAACAGUACAGAAAAUUCUAAUAAUAUAGUACAAUCAGGAAGUAAUCUUUGUGAAAAAAUUAUUACUACUGUAACAGACAUGACAGAAUCUACGGAAAAUAAAAACGACGAAAUUACCAAUAAAAAAAAUAUAAAAGAUGAAGAAUCAAUUGAUCGUUUAUUUAUUAACGUUAAUCCUAAUCCUGAGGAUUCUGGAUUAUAUUCUGCAGAAAAUUCAAAGAAAGAAUCGGGUUCUAGUGAAUCAAGUGGAGAAUUUCUACUUAGCGAGGAUGUAAAUAAUGUACCUGAUCGUUCAGUAGAAAAAUCAGAAACGAGUAAAAUUUCCAAGUCUCAAAUGCAUAUAACGAGUUCUCAUGUAGCUAGUUCUCAAGUUUGUGUUAAAUUAUGUACUCUAAUAAAAGCACAACUCGUAUUGGCGCAUGCAGAAGUUUCUAGACGAUUUGGAUUAUCAAAGAUGUCAUUAUCUGAUGCUGAAAAGGGGUCGUCACCUCUGAAAAAACAAAAGAAAGAAGAAGAAAAACGUAUAGAAUUGUUACAAGAACCAUCAGAAUGUUCCAUAGAAAUCCCACCACCAGUAUAUGCAGAAGGGGAAGGAUUUUCUAUAGAAGAGACUGCACCAGAUAGUCAUAAAUUUAAAUUAACAAUGUUUCAGCCUACAGAUCCUACAAACUUUUUCAGAACUGUUUCUAAAGAAUUAAAGCUUUUGAAGAGUUCUCUUCCACCUGGUAUAUGGGUAAAAGGAUUUGAAGAUAGAAUAGACUUGUAUUCUGUAAUGUUUCGUGGACCUGAGAAAACACCAUAUGAAGAUGGUCUUUUUCUUUUUGAUUUUCAAUUAUCCGCUGAUUAUCCUGCUGCUCCACCACUUUGCCAUUAUAUUUCUUACUGUAAUGAUAGGUUAAAUCCUAAUCUAUACGAAGAUGGUAAAGUAUGCGUAAGUUUACUCGGAACUUGGUCUGGUCGUGGAACAGAAGUAUGGACAAGUUCUUCAACUUUAUUGCAAGUUAUAGUCUCAAUUCAAGGCCUUAUUCUCGUACCCGAACCAUAUUUUAAUGAAGCUGGAUUUGACAAACAAAAAGGUUCUCAACAAGGAAAAGAAAAUUCAAGAAUGUAUAAUGAAAUGGUUGUAUUGAAAUUGGUUCAAGCUCAAACUAAAUUAUUACAACAUCCACCUCCUGUAUUUAAAGAUAUUAUCAUUGAACAUUUCAAGAGACAUGCAAAGAAAUUACUGCAACGUUUAGAAUUGUGGAUGGAAAUUUCUGAACAACAUAAUAAUCAACAUCCAUUAUCUCCAGUAACACCUACUACUUUUAAACAAAUAUCUGAUGUUGAUAACAAAAUUUUACCAGAAUUUCCAUUAAUACCAGCAUCCAGAGGUUUCUGUAUAACACUCCGUAAAACUUUAGCUACAUUUAAAGAAGUAUUGAUUAAUGAAAAUAUUAUAGAAAGAAACAGCGAUAUAUAUGGUUGCGAAAAUUUGAAAGAACAAACAAAGAAUGAAAAUUAUGAAGCAAAUAAAAUUGCUGAUAAUAACAUAAUGGAACAUAGUAGUAAAAAAAGAAAUGAAGAAAACAAAUUAACUCCAAACGGUAAUCUAUCGAAGGACCGUAUUUCAUCUUCCUCGACGAAUAUUUGUUCUACGCCAUUAAGUGAAACGAAGAAAACUACGUCGGAUCAUACUAUCAGCUAGCCACAAGAAAUGCCGCUGUCAUUGCUCCGCAGCUAGAGAUACGUAACGUAAUAAAUGCGAUCAGAUAGGCACGUAUGAGCAAAUAAGAACUUGUUCUUGUAUACAAUUUCAUAAAUUUCUGAAUAUAUAUAAUAUAAAACUUAAUUUAUGUGAUGUUAUAUAGAAUAUAUAAUAAUAAAAACAUAUUAUAUAUAAUAUAUAAUAUUAUAAUAUUUAUGAAUAUAAAAUUAAUAUUUGGGAUAAAAAAUAUAUACGAAAUAUCUUACAUAUAUUUAAUUCUCUAAUUCUGCAAUGAAAAUAGAAUAGCGUUUUUGCAAACGCAAUAAUAAACUUGACUGAAUUAUUAAAAAAAGGAAACAUGAAGAGAGAAAAUAAUUUCAAGUAUAUAUAAUAAACGAAAAAACAUUAUCACUUUAUAAAAAGUGAUAAGAAUUAAAAUGGAAAAUAAAGUAACCAGUAGCAAUACGUUGAGCCAACAUAAGAACACUUUGCAAUAGAGUUUAAGAAAUACGAUAAUAAUAGUUAUUAAUUCUAAAUGCAUUUCAAUGAGUAUUCUUCGAGUAAUUCGAAUAAUAACUUCAACUAACUUAUAAACAAAAAUUCAUUAAAAUAUUCUCAAUUAUCUUAAAAACCAUUAUGCCAUCCAAUAAUACAAUAUUUCAAAUGAAAUUACGAAAUGAUUUUGAUUGCAUAUAGGUUGUAGCUUAGGCACAAAAGAUUCGUAUUUAGAUGAAAAACCUAUGACAAGUAAUGUCCAAUGUUAUAGACACUUCUAAUGUAGGUAAAUUAUAGAAAAUUAUUAAAUGUUCUAUUAUCUAAAAAAUUUUUCUUUAUUGGUAAUUUGUUUCGUAUAUUUGUAG